AAGAGUCCCCGACAUUUUCUUACAAUUCCCACUCUCCAAUCAUUGCUCUCCUUCUUUCUUCGAAUAUUUCUUCCUUGAUAGACAUGAGAUCGAGUGACCAAUUGGGCAGAACCAAAGACCGACUCAGCCUUUACCAACAGCAGCUUCUUCCACCUCCAGCAUCCUCCACCGCUAUCAAUCACUCGAUUGCUACAAACACAUCAGCUGCAAUGUCUCGCGACCCUAUUACUUGCCACGUCCUCAAUACUCUGUCGGGUACUCCGGCGGCGAACCUCCCGGUGACGCUGACUCUCUUGUCGGCCCCUUCAAGCAGUCAAAGCCCCAUCACAUUCACUGCAACCACCGAUGCUGAUGGUCGCGUUAAAAACUGGACGCCUGCGACAAAUUGCCCCGCCCCUGUUCCUGCCAUCCUCUCAUCUCUCCCGGCGGCUGACAGCAAGACACAUUGGUCAGUGCGAUUCGAAGUUGGACCAUGGUAUGAAGCGCAAGGAGUCGAGAGUUUCUGGCCCGAGGUGGAGGUGAAAUUCACAGUGAAGGGACGUGGUCGAGAAGGGGAGGAGGGAUGGCGGCACUAUCAUGUGCCGGUGCUCUUGGGGCCUUGGAACUACUCAACUUAUCGCGGAUCGUGAGGCUAUCGAUAAAGCGCCUGAGGGAUCUUAUCACCGUUUGAUUAGGGUGGAGGCAUGGGCUGCUAGAUGACGUAUAUCGAUGUAUGCAGAUAAGCACAAAGAUUGAGAGUUUCAAGUAAUUU